CGUGAGCAGCUAUGUUUCCCCACUCCCAUCUCUAGUCGCUCAGUGUUGGCGCUAUACAAGAUUUACACAAUUUGUUUCCUGGCCUUCCUGAUCUGCUAGAGAUUUAUUUUGGGCCAGGACAAGAUGCCCAUUAAGGCGCUGUGCAUCGAGCUGCGACCCAACUUGCGCAGCGGAGUGGCCUUCCUGCAAUUCGAUCAACUGAUCUCGCGGAGCCACGAGACGCGCGUCGUCAUUCGGGAUUACAAUGUUUACAUCAGCGAGAAGACAGAGAAACGGGGGAAUGAGAAGGACUCCAGCUCUGAUAGCGACUGCGAGGACUCCGCGUUGCUGCUCAUCCAGCACGACCAAUUCGGCAUGGACAUAAACUGCUUGUCCACUUUUUUGGUCAGUGGCAGUCACAUAAGCUUUCGCUUUAACUACAACCAGAUUGAUUUGGCCGCCGUGGACGGUGGCGCCGUUGAGGUGCCGCUGGCCCCGCAGCUCCUCUCUUGCCAGGAGAACGAGGCCAUUACCAUCAACUGUCGCGACUGCCGGGCGGAACUAGUGCCGGCCAGGAGCCAUCGCAGGUUGCGAGAGUUUCCCAGCUGCGUGGUGGAUCCCAGUGAGUUCUUCUGCCACAACCAUGGGCCAGAAGGCAAGUCCCAACCAAUAAGUUUGGUGCCCGCCGAAGCAGAUCUCUUCUAUGGCCUGAACUAUGUGGUCAUAAGCUUCAGCGAAGAAAAUCCAAACAUCCUCAAUCGCGAGGAUCACUUGUACUGCAAGCGUUGUAUGCGCUUUUUGGGCCAGACCAUGUUCAAUGGCGCCGCCGCUCGUCUCUGGGCGGAUGCAGUGCGUUGGCUGCCCGCAGGAGCACCAGCUGCUGCCCCAGACCGCCACCUUUUCCAGAGCUCCACGCUGACGCAGCUGUUCAAGCGCUUACUUCAAUCGCUGUGGCCACAGCCGCUGCCCCAGCUCUGUCUGAGCACUAGUCGCGCGGUGCUGGUCACCUCGCUGCCCAGCCGAAAGCGACAAUACAUGUUCCUGCACGUCGUGGAGUCGCAGCUUCGGGUUCUGCGUCGCAUCCGCCCAGAUUCGAACCGACUGCGCUGCUACCGCGCCUGCAAGCUGUACUACGGCGUUUUCGGAGGCGAUCCGCCGCUGCUGGAGAAGUGGCAGGCCCAGCAGACGCUGCCCCAGAUGGAUAUCUCGCCGGACAUGUUUCUGGCACUUCAGCAGCGACUCGACUCCAAUGGCAAUUUGAUUCCUCAUGCCUGGCGCGUCAACUGCGUGGAGGAGCAGCUUCGGCUUUCGUACUUCUUCUAUGAGAAUGAGGAGCAGCCCGACGGAGUGGCCGCCACCAUAAAUGCCUUUCUGGAACAGUUAAGCCAGCUGGACAACAAGCAGCAGGAGGAUCAGUACGAGACGGAUGCGGGACAUGCCAGCGAGAGCGACGACGAGUACUCGGAUACGGACACCGCUUCGGAGGAGGCGGCUGUCCACUCGCUCGGGAAGCGGACGCUCCUGAAACGAUGUCCCACGCCGCCGCGGCCUUGCGACAACAUGUCCACCUCGUCAUCGUCCGCCUCCUGGGAGGAUAAGUAGUGUCCCAUCCCUUCUCAUAAUUCCCAGCUUAGCUCGUAAGUCGACCAAUUCCUCAUUUUUUGCUUUCGCUGAAGGAUGUACAUAACUUGGAGCAAACUUCGUCAACAAUGUUGUUCCACUUCCAUCUAACCUUUGGGGCACAAUAUGAGUUCACUUUGUCCAAAAUCCUCUGCUAAUGUGUAAACCAAGUUUUCCGAUCCUUUGCUGUAGUUGUUUGUUGUGCAUAGGCGGUAGAAUCAAUGGUUAACCUGUCUCUAGCAAUAGUAAGUAAUCAGUGAAGGUUGACCAUAAAUUCAUUUCUUUUAAGUCGGGCAUUUUUGUUUUGUGGAGAAACAGUUUAUUUAAUUACUUGACUCGAUCGUUUCAUACAUUUUAUGAUAUAGUUUAACAAAUGUUUUGCAACAAGUAUUAGCUUGAAAAACAACUUUAAAGUGGUGGACAAUGCUUCCCAAAGUUGGCACAAAGACAACGCUUCUCAUGACUGCAAGGCUGAGAGGUAAAAGACCCGUCUUACAGCUGCGAAACGCUCUGCAUGAAAAACUUUUUGCCUUUGCUUACACUUUGAUUUUCCAAGUAAUUUACAUUUAAAAAAUUUGUAAAAAAUUAGAAUGCAAGAACAGUAAAAUAUUCAAUGCGAAAUGGAAAUAUUUAAUUUUUAUAUAUUUUUAAAGAACUGAAAAAAAAAGUUUUCCAAAAUGUGACUUAGCAAAAAAAAACAAAUGUUACAAAAAAAUAUAUGAAGAAUAUAUUUGAUGUUUUGUAUAAUUUGAAAAAGAGUUUUGACUAUGAUUAAACUACGCAAAUAUUUCAAGAACGCUAUUAUUGUCAAACAUUUGUAAUUCAGUUUUUAACUACAUAGAACAACGAAUAGUCGAAGAAUAGUCUGUAUUUUUGAAGCUCUGAUGUAAACUAUAAAAAAUCUAAUUAUAUAUGUAUAAAGUCAACGGAAUGAAAGCAAGGAAGAACAGUAAGCGUCGGGACUGUAAGACAGUACUUCAGACCGUCACGACACGCACUGUCUGCACACUCGAUAAAUGUGAUUGAAGACGCUUUGGGUAAUCUCAACUUGUGUUUAGUUUUAAGCGAAACUCAUGUGUUCAUCCAAACAAAGAAGAGGACAGAAGGCUGGCCAGAAUCAGGCGACGAAAAUCACCUGAAGAGUGAGGGUAAAUAAAGUUGGAAUCAUAUAUUCAUUUCUCGAAGAAAACAA